UUGAAUGCGGCUUCUGUGUGGCUGCCGGGCGGGGGCUGGGCCCCAGGCGCCCAUUGGCCACAGCGCCGGGCUGGGCUGGCUGCACCUGGAUGCACCGGGGUGGCGGCCGGCAUGCUGCAGGCCCGGCAGAGCUGGGGGCCCCGGCAGGGACGCCCCGCCGCCGAGUGAGCUCCCGGGCGGCGGGGGCCCGUGGACAGCGGACAAGGUGUCCGCGAUGCCGCCGCAGAAGCCACUCUGGCAGUCCAUGGCCAAGGGGCUGCUGCUGGGGGCUCUCCUCACCUCCUUCCUGCUGCUGCUCUACGCCUAUGCUGUGCCCCCGCUGCUGGCCAGCCCCCCGGCCACGACCCCGGAGGGCGCGGCGCCCUGCUCCCGGGCCCCCGAGCCGGAGGAGGCGGCCCCGACGGGCAACGGCUCUUCACGGGGCUGCCGGCCGCGCCGCGACAUCGUGUUCGUGAAGACGCACAAGACGGCGGGCAGCACGCUGCUCAACAUCCUGUUCCGCUUCGGCCAGAAGCACGGGCUCAAGUUCGCCUUCCCCAGCGGCCGCAACGACUUCGACUACCCGGCCUUCUUCUCGCGCGGCCGCGUGCAGGACUACCGGCCCGGCGCCUGCUUCAACAUCAUCGGCAACCACAUGCGCUUCCGCUACGAGGAGGUGCGCGGGCUGGUGGCGCCGGGCGCCGCCUUCAUCACGCUGCUGCGGGACCCGGCCCGCCUCUUCGAGUCGUCCUUCCACUACUUCGGCGCCGUGGUGCCGCUCACCUGGCGGGUGCCGGGCCGCGACCAGCGGCAGCAGCUGGCGGCCUUCCUGCGGGAGCCGGGCCGCUACUACGACCCGCGCGGCUACAACGCACACUACCUGCGUAACCUGCUCUUCUUCGACCUGGGCUACGACAGCGGCCUGGACCCGCGCAGCCCGCGCGUGCAGGAGAGCAUCCUGGAGGUGGAGGCGCGCUUCCACCUGGUGCUGCUGCAGGAGUACUUCGACGAGUCGCUGGUGCUGCUCAAGGAGCUGCUGUGCUGGCCGCUGGAGGACGUGCUCUACUUCAAGCUCAACGCCCGCCGCGCCCCGGCCCGGCCGCGCCUGUCGGCCGAGCUGUACCGCCGCGCCACGGCCUGGAACGUGCUGGACGCCCGCCUCUACCGCCACUUCAACGCCAGCUUCUGGCGCAAGGUGGACGCCUUCGGCCGCGCCCGCAUGGCCCGCGAGGUGGCCGCCCUGCGCCGGGCCAACGAGCGCAUGCGGCGCAUCUGCAUCGCGGGCGGCCGCGCCGUGGGCCCCGCCGCCAUCCGAGACGCGGCGCUGCAGCCUUGGCAGCCGCUGGGCGCGCAGUCCAUCCUGGGCUACAACCUCAACCCGCGCGUCGGCGGGCGCCACGAGCAGCUGUGCCGCCGCAUGCUCACGCCCGAGAUCCAGUACCUCAGCGACCUGGGCGUCAACCUCUGGGUCACCCGCCUCUGGAAGCUGGUGCGCGACUUCCUGCGCUGGUGACCGCCGCCCUGCCCCGGGCUGUGGGGUGUGCCCGCCACCGCCCAGUAAAGGCCAUGCUGUGUUUUGUUGA